AUGGGAAAAAGCAAGGUGAGAGGCAGAAGACAUCAAGAUAAACAGAAGAAGGAUGGCUUUGAGCCCAAUGCAAAUGUCACGAAGGAGCACACCCAGCAUGAAGAGCCUACCUACGAUGAUGAACCCGAAAGUAAAGAGAAUCAACCACAGAUGUUUUUUGGUGUAUUAGACAGAGAAGAACUGGAAUAUUUUAAGCAAGCAGAAUCAGCCCUACAAUUAGAUGCCUUCGAAGCACCUGAAGAAAAGUUUCAAUUUGUUACAAGCAUUAUUGAAGAAGCAAAGGGUAAAGAACUGAAAUUGGUUACCUCUCAAAUAACUUCCAAAUUAAUGGAACGUGUCAUUCUUGAUUGUAAUGAAUCUCAAUUAAAAGGUAUUUUUCAAUCCUUCAAUGGUGCCUUCUUUGGUUUGUCAUGUCAUAAAUAUGCGUCUCAUGUUCUAGAGACUUUAUUUGUUAGAAGUGCCGCUUUGGUAGAAAGAGAACUUUUAACACCAAGCUUUGAUAACAAUGAAAAAGAGGGAGCUUAUGUUACUAUGGAAAAUAUGUUCCUCUUCAUGUUGAAUGAGCUAAAACCCCACUUGAAAAUGAUGGUGAAUCAUCAAUAUGCAUCGCAUGUUUUGAGGCUACUUAUACUAAUCUUGUCCUCCAAAACGCUACCUAAUUCAACCAAAACGAACUCUACACUACGCUCUAAAAAGUCGAAAAUUGCAAGAAAAAUGAUUGAUAUUAAAGAUAACGACGAUUUCAAUAAAGUUUACCAAACACCGGAAUCUUUCAAAUCUGAACUUCGUAACAUGAUAACUACUUUGUAUAAAGGUUUCACCAACGGUGUCGAAUCACGGUCUGAUGUUUCCCAAUCCACUAUUACCAAAUUCAGAGAAUAUUGUGUAGAUAAAGUGGCCUCCCCUGUGAUUCAAUUGAUUAUUCAGGUCGAGGGUAUUUUUGAUAGGGAUCGUUCUUUUUGGAGAUUGGUCUUCAAUACGGCAGAUGAGAGAGACGUCAAGGAGGAAUCAUUCUUAGAAUAUUUACUGUCUGAUCCCGUUGGGUCUCAUUUCUUAGAAAACGUGAUUGCCUCUGCCAGAACAAAGUAUGUUGAAAGACUUUACCGUUUAUAUAUGAAGGACCGUGUUGUGAAAUUAGCCAAAAGGGAUACUACAGGUGCUUUCGUGGUGCGUGCCCUGCUAGAACAUUUGAAGGAAAAAGAUGUGAAACAGAUAUUAGAUGCAGUAGUCCCUGAAUUAAGCAUGCUCUUAAACUCAAACAUGGAUUUUGGUACUGCUAUUAUUAACGCAAGUAAUAAACAAGGCGGUUACUUAAGAGAUAAUGUCAUCGCUCAAUUGAUACAAAAAUACUAUCCAGAAAAGUCGGAUACGAAGAAUAUUUUGGAAAGUUGCUUGUCAUUGAGCUCAUCAACUUUGGGCAAUACCAGGGAUGACUGGCCGACAGCGGAUGAAAGAAGGCGAUCCUUUUUUUUGGAACAACUAAUUGACUACGAUGAUAAGUUUUUGGAUAUUACUAUUGACAGCAUGUUGGCCUUGCCUGAAAAAAGGUUUAUCCAAAUGUGUUAUCAUGGAGUAUUUUCACAUGUUGUUGAGCACGUACUACAAACUACUAGGGUGAAUACAAUCAAGAGAAAGUUGCUAUUGAAUGUUUUGUCUAAAGAGUCUGUAAAUUUAACUUGUAACGCGUAUGGCUCUCACAUAAUGGACAAAUUAUGGGAAUUUACAGCAAAGCUGACAUUGUAUAAGGAACGUAUUGCUAGCGCGUUAGUUUCAGAAUCAGAGAAGGUGAAGAAUAGUAUUUAUGGCAGACAAGUCUGGAAGAAUUGGAAACUGGAACUCUAUGUUAGAAAAAUGUGGGAUUGGAAAAGAUUAAUUAAAGAGCAAGAAUUUGAAAUCUUUCCAAAUUCUGUGCCACUACAACCAAAGUCGGAAAAACACUCAAGAGGAAGAGAUAAUCCAAAAGAAGGAAGCUCUUUCAAGAAGCAAAAGCAAUAUAGAUAA